UUUAUUUUAUUGUCAUACUUUGCCAUCAUAUAUUAUGUGAAAUUAUCCUCAAAUGAAGACAAGAAGAAAAUGGGGAGCACUUGUUUAAGUCACCUGAUUGUUGUAGUGUGCUAUUACGGUCCUUUAUUUGUCCGCAUUGUCUUGACCAGGAUGGGUGUGGUACUGACUGUUGAGGAACGCCACAAUAUAACGAUCGGGGCUAUCCUCGGUCCGUCUCUUGUAAAUCCUUUCGUGUACUGUCUUAGGACUAAAGAAAUGAAAUAUGGUGUGCUAAGAUUGAUUUCCAGGUCACAGGCAGUAGGAUGGAGGACAGAAGAGAUGAGGAGGAGGAGUGAAGGCAAGGAUGCAGCUGCUGUGGCUUUGACUCUUAAAUCUGCAAGAGAAAUAUAG